AUGUAUUAUGAAGGAGCACAAGUGAUGCUAGACUCAACUGGAGGGCAAAUACACUUAGCAAAUGGUAUGCUACUCAAAAUAUCCAAGAAUUGUGACACAUGGAAGGAAAACACAAUGAUCACAUCAAUGUCAUUAUUUAAAGGUGUUGAUGAAGAUUUCAAGCAUAUUGAGAACAAAGCCAAAAUAUCCAAACAACAACUAUGGCAUGAAUGUCUGGGACAUCCAGGUCAAGAUAAGAUGAGGGCCAUCAUCAACUGCUUAGGAGAAAAUGACACAGCAGACCUAAACCCAGGGACUGCUACAAUAUCAAAAUGGAGAAGCAAUGAUGUGCUUCAGUGGGCAUAUGAAAAGGGCAUUGAAUGGCAAAUGACAGUAGGGUACAAUAGCAGACAGAAUGGAUGUGUGGAGAGAAUGAACAGAAGCUUGGGUGAGAAGAUGCGAAUGCUGCUCAUGCAAAGGAGGUUACCGAAGAGCUUCUGGCCCUAUGCAAUCCAGACCACAGCCUUCAAAAUGAACCUCAUCCCAAGCAUUGAUGCAUGGGUAAAUGUUCCCAAGGUCAAAAGAGAUAAUAAAAAGUUAGAUCAACAAGCAGUAGCAUCUAUCUUCUUGGGGUAUAGUCUGGAAAGAAAAGGAUGGCUCUUCUACAGCCUGAACAUCUUUUGGAGCAACUCAGCUAGAUUCAUGGAGACAAAAUGCUGGUCCAACAAAACAGAGUGGAAACCAGUAAACAUACACCCACCACCAGCACUAGCAGAUGAAGGAGACAUAGAUGAUCUUGGAUACACAGAUAUGAACCUCUUCGAUGAACGAGAGGAGGAGCUGCUGAAUGAGUACAUGAAUAUGAAAGAAACAGAUGGAUUGAAUGAUGAAAAAGAUCUGGGUGAAGAUGCAACAAAGGCAAUAGAAUGCGGGGCCGAUACCAACACCAACAUGUUUGAUGACACAUGGACCGAUAGCAAUCACUAUGGACUCAUGGCAAUAAACAAUCGAAAGAGAAGGAAUCUAGACCCAACAGUUAGCGAAGCAUUGUCAGGAGAGGACAGGAAGCAUUGGGAGGAAGCAAUGCAUAAAGAACUGGAUGGUUUGAAAGCCAUGGAUACAUGGGAAAUCAUUGAUCUCCCCAAAGGUAUGCAUGCUGUCAACACACGUUGGGUUUUAAAAAUCAAAACAGAUGCAAAUCUCAUUCCGACAAAGUUUAAGGCAAGACUGGUGGUGAGAGGCUUCACACAAAGAGAAGGUAUAGACUACACUGAAGUGUUUGCACCUGUCGCACCCAUUCAGUCAAUCCGAGGAGUCUUAGCCAUAGCAGUGGUUCAUGACUGGGAAGUAGAUAGUAUUGAUGUCAAGCAAGCAUAUCUAAACUCAAUGCUACAUCAUGAUGUAUUCUUAAAACCGCCAUUUGGAAUGAGAAUUCCACCUGGAAAGGCUUUGAAGCUAGUAAAAGGACUGUAUGGACUGAAACAAUCAGGGCAAGAAUGGAACAUAGAGUUGGAUUCAUACCUACAGAGCAUAGACUUUCACUGCAUGCCAAGUGCACCCUGUCUGUAUUCAAGAGGAACUGGAAGUAACCUAACUAUUAUUACAGCCUAUGUUGAUGACAUGCUCAUAGCCUCGCCCAGGCGUAAGGAGGUGGAUCGCACCAAAAGGGAGAUAAUGUCCAAGUGGGGAACAGAAGAUAAUGGCCCAGUGAAAGAGUUCCUCGGCAUCAGCAUCAAACAAGACAGGACAAGAAGGGAGAUGUCAAUUGAUUUGACUGCUUACACCAAGGCCAUGGUGAUGGGAAUACUGGCAAGAUAUAUGUUGACCCCAACCAACAGCGCAUGGAAGGCUGCUAUACACUUGAUGAAGUAUCUCAACCAAACCAGUGACUACCGACUGAAUCUUGGGAGCAGAUCAAGCGAACACUUGAAGCAGCUGAUUGUCAUGUAUAGUGAUGCCAAUUGGGCUUCAGACCCAAUGAACGGAUGGAGAAGCACAUUGGGAGCAAUGACAUAUAUAUAUGGGUGCCCAGUUAGCUGGAAGUCACAUGUCCAAAAAUGUGUGGUGCUAUCAGCAGUGGAAGCUGAGUUUGUUGCCACCUCAGAAGCAGCGAGAGAGGCACUCUUCUUUUCAUACCUCCUCAGGGACUUAGAAAUCGAUGCUGCUCAUCCAGUCUUACAUUCAGAUAGUCAGGGAUGUAUACAGGUGAGUAAGGAUCUGGCAAAGCACUGGAAGUUGAAACACAUAGACACCAGAUAUCAUUUCAUUAGGGAUCACAUUCAGGAUGGGGAGAUAGAGAUAGAAUUUGUUGGAAUGGCAGACAAUGUCGCAGACAUUUUAACAAAACCAUUGAAGGGUUUAGCAACAUCCUGGCUAUCUCAGUUGUUAGGGUUGGUAAUGCUGUUGAAGGGGGGAGUUGAAGAUGUGUCAGCAUCCCAAUGGGAUUCACAGGGUCUGCGGAAUCAUAUGGGGUCCACAGAAUUUAAGCAAUCUAAUAAUUAA